AAGAUGGUUCUCUCUACGUCGCUUUCGUCGCUUCUUGCCCUGCCAGUGCUUGCCUUCUUCUCGCUGUCAGCGAGGGCUUCGCCUCAUCCCCCACGGACGCCAUUGAGCACGGCUGCUAGUACUCUCAAGCUCGCCGUUAGAAUCAACUCGAGCGGGGUCAAGAACAUCGCCGGUGCAGACCGAGCUCGAGUUCGAGACUUACAAGCUGGCCGCAGCUCUUCCAUUAGUGCAACCAAUGCUGCGACGAUAUACACCGCUGAUGUUGGAGUGGGGAGUCCAGCAACGUACUACACACUCCUAAUAGACACCGGAAGCUCAAAUACCUGGAUCAAGGACAAGGCUUACAAGAAGACUUCCACAAGCCAAGACACAGGCGGUAAAUUCUCCAUUACAUACGGAAGCGGUUCCGUUUCUGGAGAGGAAUACACGGACAUCGUAACGCUCAACUCUGAUCUGGUCAUCGAGAAACAAUCCAUUGGCGUUGCAUCUAAAUCCACAGGUUUGGAUGGUCUGGAUGGACUUCUUGGCGUUGGACCAGUCUACUUAACGCAGGGCACCGUCAGUAAUGUAGAUGAAGUUCCAACUGUGACGGACAACCUUUAUACGCAGGGAACGAUUGGUUCGGAAGUACUCGGGGUGUUCUUUGCACCUGCUUCCUCUGGCGAUAGCAGCGGUGAGCUCACAUUCGGCAGUUAUGACGCCUCCAAAAUUACUGGAGACAUCAACUAUGUGCCGAUCACGUCAACAUCCCCAGCGAGUGGAUAUUGGGGUAUUGAUCAAUCCAUUGCCUAUGGGACUACGUCCAUCUUGACCGAGACCGCUGGUAUCGUUGACACCGGAACCACUCUCAUUCUCAUUGCCACUGAUGCCUUCCGUAAAUAUCAGUCUGCGACGGGAGGAACCCCCGAUGAGGCCACUGGCUUGUUAAAGAUCACAUCCGACCAAUACAACCAGCUCUCAUCCUUGUAUUUCACUAUCGGCGGUGUUACUUAUGAGCUGACUCCGAAUGGGCAAAUAUGGCCUCGGUCAUUGAACAGCGCCAUUGGCGGUACCACCGACGGCAUAUAUCUGGUCGUUGGUGACAUUGGAAGCAACUCUGGUUCCGGCUUGGACUUUAUCAACGGCUACUGUUUCCUUGAACGUUUUUACUCGGUGUAUGACACGACGAACUCCCGGGUCGGGUUCUCAACGACUGAGUAUACCUACGCAACAUCAAAUUAA